AUGUUCUCCUCAAACCAGGAUGGGGACCUAACACAAGUUAACCCUGGUCUGCUGGAGCUGUCCAGGGACCCCAAGGAGUGGCGAGAGCAACGACGACGUGCUAUGAAAGAAAGGAUUUUCGGCCACAAGGAUAGCCAAGGAGGCUAUUCAGGUAGCAGUGAUGUACCGAAUAACGAGCACGCACCACUUGGCAGGAUUGAAUCGACCACUCCGUCCCUUCCCACUUCCCAGACUCCGUGCGGACCAGGCAGUGAUGGUGAUCGCGCACAGCAAGAGGCUUUUAUUCUACAGCAGAUCUUAUGUCGCAAGAGGCAACGUGAGGAGCGAGGGAAGGGUUCGCCUGCGGUGGAGCCUACCCACGAUGCGUUCAACAAGGCAUCCAGCGCUCCCUGUGAGCUCUCCAUUAAGGAUAAGUUACUCCAAAAGUACAAGACGACAUAGUCUUAGCAUCAUGGUUUCACACGAAAAGACGUGUGCCUUGAGAAAUAGAAGCGACGAAA